AUGAUAUUAAUUGAUAUCGAUGAAAAUGUUCAUGUCGAAGAAAUUCUUGAAUUAGCCAAACGAAGAUUCGGUUUGAAAGUGCAUGGUAAUGGCCCGUCGGAAACAUCGGUGGUUCUUGCUUAUAAUGGUUUUGAUUUGAAACCGCAAUGGUGUGUGUCCGAUUUAAGUAUUCCGUCGGGCGCGAUUAUUCAUUGUAUAUACCGAGAAGUGAAGGCACCGGAGCUUUAUGUUUACUGCGGUUUUGAUCAGCACAUAUUGAAAAUUUACGAUUCAUCGAUUACCAUAGAAACGAAAAUCGGUACGAUACGACGGAUUAUUUCGCAAAAGAUUGGUUUACCAUUGAGUACGUUUUGUCUGGAAACGUAUACAGGAACACAACGAUUAUACGAUGAAAUGAAAUUAAUAAAUUAUGAUAUUAAAAUUCAUGAUCAUGUUUACUUGAAAGUAUGGCAAGGAUUUGAUAAGUUUAUUGCGGCGUGUGUCAAGAAUCAUGUAGAACGUGUUUCACCUGACGAGUUAGCACGGCACUAUCAGGCACAAGUGGCACUCUACAUUGCUUCUUUUUACGGGCAUUUAGAAUUGGCUACCUAUGCUCUACGACAAGGUGCAAGAAGUGACCGACCUGUUGGUGAACCGCCAUCGCGUCAAUGGUCGGCUAAUACAGCUGUCGAACUAUUUCCUGAAACACUCCGAUGCCCGAUUCAUAUCGCUGUUGAACGAGGAUAUAUGUUACUCGUUAAUUGUUUUGUUCAAAAUUCGAUCUUAUGCACACAAGCACGAGAUCCAAUCACGGGUAAUCUACCAUACAGAAUGGCAUUAUCUUUUUUAAGCCGAACAAAAGACAAAGAACAAAAGAGUUCUUUUACUUCCAUUUAUUUCUUUUUAUACAAUAAACAAUAUUAUCUACGAAUACCGUUGAAUGCGGAUGGUGAAUAUAUUUCGAAUCUUUUAGCAUCGAAAAAUAACACGAAUGCUGUUCAUCGUCUACCAGCACACCCUGUUUAUACUUCCCUUCCACUCUAUUGUCGAAUUAUCAGUUGGUGCGAACGUGCCAGAGAAAAAACGUGGAAAAGAUUCGGUGGCCAAUUUUCUACUCCUCAAACAAAACGAGUCUAUCCUGAAGCCGGCUUACUUGGCUAUAAAGUCUUAAUUGAUGGCUAUAAUAACACGUUCGAAGUACCACCUGAGCAACUUCAAUUACCUCAUUCACGAAAUGCCUCACAACCUGAUGUUUCUACUGGUUUUAGUGAAGAAGAUCGAGAAAAAAUCCUACGGACAAAAAACUUCAUGCAAAGUUUUCAUUCAGACGAUCGACGAAGAUUCAAACAAAUUAUUGCAUCGCAUCACAUCGGACAAUCAUCAAUAUCUUUACCCUCUGACAUCAUCUUCAAUAAUAGAAAAAAUUCAGUCAUGACUCCACAUCCACCCUCAAAUUUAAAAUCAGCCCGAUCAAUUGUUGAACGCAACCAUUCAACAAUUCCGACCUUAUUACCAUCAUCGUCAAUGAGCAAUCCUUCUCGAAACGAGAGCAAAUCUAAGAAAUCAAUACAUACACCUCAGCCAACAUCCCGCACUAGUUUUCAAGAAGAAAAGGAUAAACACGUCUUGCCCAUGAUUAUGUCUUCAAUGUCAAAUCAAUCACCAACAAUAUCAGCACUAUCAAUUUACUCCGAUACAAUCCACAAUAAGGACGGAUCACAAUCAGUUAUGUCAUCAGCUGAUGCCUAUAUAUAUUCAUCUUCGCGCCUCGCUCAUGACAUCGAAGAGAGAAACGCUGCUAAACGACGAGAAUUAUUUACACAAAUUGAACAAUCGGUUAAGGAAGUCCAACAAAAACAACCACCAAGUCAAAUUCGAGAACUUACCGCAUAUUCAGCCAAUCGUCUGGCGAGCUCAUUGCCGAAUCCGCGUGGUUCGAUGAUCGACAUCGACUCCUGUUUAGCUCUACCUGACCAUCCAGUUAAUUAUGGUACUAGUUCGAUAAAAUCUCGUCACGAUCUCAAUGUUCGUCAAGCAGCUUUUAAACCUUACGAGCGUUAUGCGAGUGCAUCAACGCGUUCGACCGCGAUCAAUUGUAUCCAAGAAGCAAAUCAUUUCAAACGCAAAUCAUGGACGAAACAAGUGAAUAUAAGUAAAGAAAUGGUGAAACAUAAAGUUCAUCGGCGUCUCGCUCGUGCCAAUGGAAUGAAUAGAAAUUCUGCAGUCUAUUCAGUAGAUGAUUCGACGAGAACAAUAUCACCUCGUAAAUCAAAUGCAGUUGAAGUUAAUUGA